AUGUUCCCCUUCCAUGUCGUCGAGCACAUCGUUGAGGCGCAACACAUCCGUGAAUUCCCACGGGCGGUGCUCGAUGGCGAGGAAACAGUGCUGAAGUUACACGUCAAGCAGUACAUUCCCCACGACAACCCAACACCGCAGUCCGGCGACAUCACAAUCAUAGGCGCCCAUGCCAAUGGCUUCCCAAAAGAGUUAUACGAGCCCUUAUGGGAAGAUCUGCAUAAGAAAUCCAAGCAGCAUAACUUCAGAAUACGAAGCAUAUGGAUCGCGGAUGUUGCCCAGCAAGGCUGGAGCAGCGUGCUAAAUGAGAAGCAGCUCGGGAACGAUCCAGGCUGGUUCGACCAUUCACGCGACUUGCUGCAUCUGAUCAACGUCAAGCGUGAUCAAAUGCCACAGCCGAUCAUCGGUAUGGGACACAGUAUGGGAGGGGCACAGCUCGUGAACUUGUCGUUUCUACAUCCCCGCCUCUUACGGACACUGGUGUUGAUCGACCCGGUCAUCCAGCUCUACGCUUCCGUUCCCGAGCACGUUGGCCCCUCGCCAGCUCGGCUGUCGACCUUCCGGCGCGACGAGUGGCCAUCCCGAGAAGCCGCUGCAACAUCUUUCAAGGCGUCGAAGUUCUAUCAACAAUGGGACCCUCGAGUGCUGGACCGAUGGAUCAAAUACGGCUUGCGAGACAUGCCUACCGCCACGAAUCCAGCUGAACCAGGAUCAAAGCAGGUGACUCUGACUACGCCCAAGCACCAGGAAGUCUUCACGUUCCUGAGACCGGCCUACGACCGCCAGGGCAAUGAUAAUAGAGAAGAUCGGCAGGCAAACCCAGACAUUGAUCCUGACAUGCCGACGAUGGGCAACUUCUACCGGUCUGAAGGCCCACGCACAUACUUACGAAUUGGCGAACUACGGCCAAGUGCCCUGUAUGUGUUUGGAGGAGAGUCAGACAUUGGCAAGCCCGAAGGCGCCGAGGCAAAAGUACCCAUGACCGGCAUUUCACCCGGUGGCAGCGGCGGCGAGAAGAUAGGUCGUGUGAAAGGGAUCACGUACGAAGGUAUUGGCCACCUGAUUGCCAUGGAAGCAGUGGAUAGACUUGCCGAAGACUCAGCACAAUGGAUUGGACAGGAGAUGCAACGGUGGCGCGACGAGCAAGCAGAGCUUCAAAAGACGUGGAGAUCGCAACCGCGGCGAGAGCGGCAGAUGGUCGACGAGCUCUGGAAGGAGAAGAUAGGCGGUCCGCUGACGAAAAAGAAGAAAGCGGGCGAUGGCAAGCCGAAGAUAUAG